UAAUCAUGAUGGAUUACGAAUUUAAAAUGAAGACCCAGAAGGAUCGGACCAAGGUCGAGGAUCUCUUUGAAUUUGAAGGAUGUAAAGUUGGGAGAGGUACUUAUGGACACGUCUACAAAGCUAGACGAAAAGAGGGAGUGCCUGACAGUGAAUUGAAAUCACGUCCUGACACAAAAGACUUCGGACUCAAACAGAUAGAAGGAACUGGACUUUCCAUGUCAGCUUGCAGAGAAAUCGCACUACUUCGAGAACUAAAGCAUAUUAACGUCAUCACUCUUAUAAGGGUAUUUCUCUCUCACAACGAUCGUAAAGUGUGGCUACUUUUUGAUUUUGCUGAACAUGACCUCUGGCACAUCAUCAAGUUUCAUAGAUCUGCAAAAGCUAAUAAAAAGCCAGUUAUGGUUCCUAAAGGCAUGGUGAAAUCCUUGCUGUACCAAAUUCUUGAUGGCAUUCAUUAUUUACAUUCCAACUGGGUUCUCCACAGGGAUUUGAAACCAGCCAAUAUAUUAGUAAUGGGCGAAGGGAAUGAAAGAGGGCGUGUCAAAAUAGCCGAUAUGGGUUUUGCACGUUUGUUCAAUGCUCCGCUAAAACCUUUGGCCGAUCUAGAUCCUGUAGUCGUAACUUUCUGGUACAGAGCACCAGAAUUACUUUUGGGUGCGAGACAUUACACAAAAGCCAUCGACAUAUGGGCUAUCGGCUGUAUAUUCGCUGAGCUACUCACCUCCGAGCCAAUUUUUCAUUGUAGACAGGAAGACAUAAAAACUAGCAAUCCUUAUCAUCACGAUCAAUUGGAUCGAAUAUUCAACGUCAUGGGUUUUCCACUAGAGAAAGAUUGGGAGGAUAUUAAAAAAAUGCCCGAACACCCGACUCUUCAAAAAGACUUCAAACGAUCAAAUUACGCCAAUUGUUCGCUAACAAAAUACAUGGAACGCCAUAAAAUAAAACCCGACAGUAAAGCAUUUAAUUUAUUACAAAAAUUACUUAUGAUGGAUCCGAAUAAACGUAUCACUUCGGAACACUCGAUGCAAGACGCAUAUUUCCAAGAAGAACCACUUCCAACACAAGACAUCUUUGCCGGGUGUCCAAUACCGUAUCCGAAAAGAGAGUUCUUGACGGAUGACGAUACUGAAGAAAAGACUGAAAACAAAGCUCGUCAAAAUCAGCAACAAACGCAACAGAAUCAACCCCAGCAAGGAAACAGCGAGCACAAUCAUGGGCAAAAUCCUAAACGAGUUAGACUCAACGGUCCACACGGUGCUCCUGAAUUUCAUCAGCACCAAAGCCAUGCGAUGUCUCAUCAACAACCACAGGGCAUGGUUUAUUCGACUGCGCAACCAACACAACCAGCAAAUUUUCAUCAACGGUUCCAGUAAAAUGUCAUCGAUUCUCAAUACACCGUACAAUUUCCAUUCACAUCUGUAAUAUUAAUAGGUUCUUGGCGGUAUUAUCCAUCAAUUUGUAUAUCGACUAAAAGAUGUUGAGAUAAAGUUCUGUAUAUUCAUUCGAUUACUAUAAUACAUUUUUAUUUAUAAUAA